AUGACUUGGUUAAAUGAAUGGUUUAAAGAACAAUUUCCAUCGUAUAAACUUGCCCUUAAACAUGCUGAUCCACGAACAAAAGAUUGGUUUUUAUUAUGGCGUGAUCCAGUUCCUGCAGUAACAUUAGCUUUGAUCUAUUUGGCAAUUGUCAUCAUUGGUCCACGUUAUAUGCGUCAUCGACAACCAUUUCAUAUUCCAUCAUCGAUACUUUUCAUUUAUAACAUGGCUUUGGUCGUUCUUUCAGCUUAUAUGGUCGAAGAACUUGUUGUUGGUCUUUAUCUUCGUAAAUAUAAUCUUUUUUGUCAAAGAAUGGUUGUUACAACGGAUAAAAAUGAAAUGAAAAUAACCAAUGCAUUGUGGUUUUAUUUUUUCUCCAAAGCGAUUGAAUUUAUGGAUACAAUAUUUAUGGUUGUUCGAAAACGAUUCACACAAAUUACAUUUCUUCAUGUCUUUCAUCAUUCAACAAUGUUAAUUAUUUGGUGGAUUGUAAUGACAUGGAUUCCCGGUGGACAAGCAUGGUUAGGACCAGUUUUAAAUUCAACUGUUCAUGUAUUUAUGUAUGCGUAUUAUGGUUUAUCUGUUAUUCCUUCAUUACGUGAUAAACUCUGGUGGAAACGAUAUAUCACCAUGUUUCAAUUGAUUCAAUUCGUACUUAUAUUUACUCAUACGUUCACUGGUCUUUUACGUGGUUGUGAUUAUCCACGAUGGGGUCAAAUUAUGUUGAGUACUUAUAUGAUAAUCAUGUUACUUCUUUUUACAAAUUUUUAUAUUCAUGAAUAUGUGACAAGAAGUAAUGAUGUUAAACGUCGAAAACUUAAAACAAAUCAAAUCAAUCAAUCAACUGAUGAUCAAUCAACAAAUAAAUCAUCAAAACAAAAUGGUGUUACAAAGAAACAUCAUUAA